AUGAUCCUUCAUACUGGCCUCGGUUUCCUCUUCCUCUCUGUCUUUGCGAAUCUCGCUGCAGCUUCGCCCGCCGUUGAUAUCGAAGAGCUGGAGGGAAGACAGGCCGUCGACAACAUCGUUUAUGUUACAGACGCGAACCUAUUUUGCAUGAUCAUGCCACGCAAUCCGAAUACCAAUAUCGGAGAUAGCGAAGUCCCAGGAGGGAUGAAGACAUACUGUUCUCCUGCCGGACGUUACUCCUCGCUGCAAGGGCAACUCCCACCCGAUUUCUGGAGCAACGUCGAGUUCAAGACCGGAUAUAGCUCGCGAGGAGCACGCUUCGCCCAACUCACUGGGUGCAUUCGCCCCGAGAAGCUAAGCCGGCUGAAUCCCAACGACCCAGGAGGGCAAUACGACUCGAGCGGCGGAGCUGGGGGGCAAGGAAACCCUCAGGGAAGCAAGUGCUUGGGCUACAACCAUUAUGUCGAGUUGGUUGAGCCUGCUGAUCGCCGUGCAUGCAUCAAGUGCUGCGAUAACUUCGACGAUUGUCCCCUGCAUCUAGAUACAUCAGGGUGCCCUGCUGUGAUCCAGGGCAAUUACUUCAACUGCGCGUAA